CAUGAAACAGACACACAGCAAACCGGGGCGACCAGGAGUGUACAUACAGUAUCCCAAGUGCGUUUGCAGCCCGGACAGAAAUUUUACAAUACCGGCACAGUCCGGGAAGGAAAGGUGAGAUAACGCUGACUGGCCAUGGUAGCGCUGGGCGCUGGGAAGGCAGUUCCUUCCCUCCCCGCCCCGAAUGAGUCGCUCGCUCGCUCGCCCGCCGGCCCUUGGUCUCUGCCCUGAGGGGAGGCGGCCCGUCGUGCACUUGAGUUUAGUCUUGAUUUCAGGCAGGUGAAGGGGCGUGGCCCCGCCACCUGUACCUGAGCGGGCGUGGCCGGGGACUUUGGCUGCUGCCUCCUGCCCGCCCGGGCGCGCGGAUGCUCCGCCAGUGCGGGCAUGGCCCCAGCUAGAUACGGCCACUGCGCCGUCUUCCUGGUGGCCGCGCUGGCGCUGGAUGCGGUGGGGCUGGUGCUGGUGCUGGUGGGCGCGGUGGGGCACCCGACGCUGGAAGGGCAAUCCUUCGAAGAUUUCCUGGUGCUGACCGGGUCGCUCCUGCUGUUCCUGUCGCUGCUCUGCUGGCUGUUCUGGUAUUCGGGGAACCUCGGCGGGGUGCCGAGCAAAGAGCUGCCUCUCGGGACCCGCCUCAGCCCCAGCCCGAGUCCCAGCCCGAGCCGUAGCCGAGCCAGCCUGCUCCGCCUGGCAGCCAAGCUCUCGGAGCGCUUGUCCCAGCGCCGCCGGCCGGCGACCUGGACGGCGCCUGCGCCCUCCUUGACGAAAAGCCUUGGACCCCCAGCGAAGGCCUCGAGAACUGUAGCCGCUGCCCGGCCCGGGGGUCCCGUGGAACUCGGCAGCCUGCCCCGGGCCGUCCCUCAGGAGAAGCGGGCGACCCAAGAGCGGCUGGUAUAAAAACGCCCGGCCGCUUCCAGAGCCCGGAAGAAGCCCAGGUCAGCGUGACACUGCCAUUCGUAGCCCGAUCCACGUGACACCAAGGUGUUGUUGAUUGCUAGAGCUUCCUUCUUGCACCACAACCACUGGAGGAGUCUGAUAUUAGAUGGGCCAGGGUUUGGUCCAUUUUUUGGCCAAAGACUGUGCUGACGAAAUAUCAUGCAACCACCCUCUUUGAAUACUGCUUACACAGAAACUGUCUACUACAGUGAUAUGAGGACUUACCUGCACAAUGGAGCUGGUCACUCCGUGAGUUACUGAAUGACUUUGGAUGCUGGAUUUUCAUGAAGAAUUAUCAUGGAUUUGACUGCUGUGUUUUCUGUAGCACUUUGUAGUGGUUCCUCUGUCCGACAGGGCCUGACUGCUGUUUAAAGCCUGUGAAGACGUUUGCUGAUGUGUCACUGUUAACUUGUUAAAUUGGCCUUUAACACCUCUUCUGCACAAAGCUGUGUUUGUGCACAUGUGUCCUUGUUUACAAGAAAA